AUGCAGCACUCCAUUGAGCUCUUCUCUGCUGAUGCUACCAGAAUUGCUUUUGCUGAUGCAGGGGAUUCUUUGGAUGAUGGAAACUUUCAAAGAGAAACAGCAAACAGCGCAAUAACAAAACUCUUUCUUUUUAAAACCCUCGCCACUGACUUUGUUGAUAAAAAACUAGAACUCAGAGAAGGUCCGCUGACAGCAGCAGACGAGUUGUUUUUGAAUGAGAUAGGGUUUUGUGUGAAGGCAGCAGCAGCAGCAUACGAAACCCUUCAAUACAGAGAAGCACUAAAGGCUGCGUUUUAUGAGUUUACUAUUAAGAGGGAUCUAUAUAAACAACUUGUAGAUAAAGAUAAAAUGCAUAAACAACUACUCAAUACGUGGAUAGAGGUUCAAGCUAUAAUUCUUUCUCCCAUUGCUCCUCAUAUAAGUGAAUAUAUUUGGAGUUUUAUUUUAAAAAAAAAGGGUUUAGUGGUUGACGCUCAGUGGCCCGAUAUACCCUAUGACCCCGUCCUACACAGGAAGUUUCAAAUUUUGUUUUCCUGCGUCGAGGACUUUCGCCGAGCGAAGGAGAAAACAAUCCAAGCAGCAGCAGGGGGCAGGAAGAAGGGAAAGCAGCAGCAGCAGCAGCAGCAGCAGCAGCAGCAGCAGCAGCCGCAGCUGACGCAUGCAGUCAUAUAUGUAGCUAAAGAAUACAACCCGCUGCAGCAGCAAGUGCUGCAGCUGCUGCAGCAGCUGCCGCUGCAGCAGAACGACAAAGGGGAGAUAGAGGCCCCCAAGGACUUCAUAGAAAAAAUAAAAACAGCAGCAGAGAUAAACAAACUAAACCCUAAUCAAAAGAAAGAAGCUAUGGCUUUUGCCUCCUAUCAAAUGAGGGAGGAGUUGAAGGUCUGCGGGCCCUCUUGCCUCAGCCUGCAGCUCCCCUUCAGCGAAGAAGAACUCCUAAAGACACACAACAACUUUCUUCUUGCUGCUCUUGACCUCAAAUGUAAUGGUGGUGGUGGUGCUGCUGGUGGUGGUGGUGGUGGUGGUGGUGGUGCUGCUGCUGCUGCUGCUGCUGAUGCUGCUGGUGGUGGUGCUGCUGAUGCUGGUGCUGGUGGUGGUGGUGGAGGUGCUGCUUGUGGUGGUGGUGGUGGUGGUGCUGCUGCUGCUGCUGCUGCUGCUGCUGAUGCUGCUGCUGAUGCUGGUGGUGAUGCUGCUGCUGCUGCUGGUGGUGCUGCAACUGGUGGUGGUUUUGGUGCUGCUGCUGCAGUCGUUCAGUCUGCUGCUGCUCCUUCUUCUGCAGCAGCAGCAGCAGCAGCAGCAGCUUCAGCAGCAGCAGCUGCUGCUGCUCCUGUAGCAGCAGCAGCAGCAGCAGGAGAUCCGGGUCCUAAUACAAUAAUAUUAUAUCGAAGGAAUGCAGCAGCAGCAGCAGCAGCAGACAGCAACGACGUAGCGUCAGCAGCAGCAGCAACAGCAGCAACAGCAGCAACAGCAGCAGCAGCAGCAGCAACAGCAGCAGCAGCAGCAGCAACUACCAGCAGCAGCAGCAGCAAUCACUGGCAGCGGCAGAGGCAGCAGCAACUAGCAGCAGCAGCAGCAGCAGCAACAAGCAGCAGCAGUACCAGCAGCAAAGCAAACGCCGCAUACACCCCAGCGCCACGCCAGUCUGCAGCAGCAGCAGCAGCAGCAACAGCAGCAGCAGCAGCAGCAGCAGCAGCAGCAGGAGAGGAGGAGUAG